CGCAAGCGACUUGAUGUCUUCUUUGACCAGGAAAUAUUACCUGCAAUAAAAUCAAAGAAAAGGCAGGGCGAGAGAGAGUGGGGUUGCUUCUUCUUUGUUCUCGCAUUCUGGUCCUUCUAGGGUUUCCGACCACAGAGAGUUAGAACGAGAUUUUUUUUCCUCUCCGUUUCCCCCUAUCCUCUCUCCUCAAAUCUCUUUUUCUGUCUUUUUCUGCGACCUCUCCUCCUUCCCAUCUCUCGAUCUUGAAGGGGAUUUCGAUUUGGUGCUGGGAUUCCGAGAGGGAAAGCCAGAGAAAGAUGAAGUCGCCUCUGAGAAAGCUCCGAGGCUUUACGCUACACCGGCACGAUGCCAGGGAGAAGAGGGAGCACCAUCACCCUCCGCCGAAGCUGGAUGAGCUCGUCCAGGCUAUCCAGGACAUGCAAGACAUGAGGAGCUGCUAUGAUAGCAUGCUUUCUGUGGCAGCUGCCACUGCAAAUAGUGCAUAUGAGUUCUCAGAAGCAUUGCAGGAAAUGGGCACAUGUUUGCUUGAAAAAACUGCAUUGAACGAUGAUGAGGAUAGUGGGAGGGUUUUGUUGAUGCUAGGAAAAGCACAAUUUGAACUUCAGAAACUUGUAAAUAGCUAUCGUGCCCACAUCAUCCAUACAAUUACAAAACCAUCUGAGUCUCUUCUCAAGGAGCUUCAAACUGUGGAGGGGAUGAAACAACAAUGUGAUAAUAAAAGAGAUAUCUAUAAAUUAAUGUUAGCAGCACAUCGGGAGAAAGGGUGGUUAAGACAUGCCAAAGGUGAAACUUACUCAACACAACAGUUGCUCGCAGCUCGAGAUGAUUAUGUAGAGGAGGCAGCCCUAUUUGCCUUUCGCUUGAAAUCAUUGAAGCAAGGUCAAUCUCGAAGUCUUCUGACGCAGGCUGCUCGCCAUCAUGCCGCACAGUUAAAUUUAUUCAGAAGAGGACUUAAAUCUCUUGAACUGGUUGAACCACAUGUUAAAGAAGUUGCUAAACAACAGCAUAUUGAUUAUCAGUUCAGUGGACUGGAAGAUGAUGAAACUGACAACAAUGAUGAUGAUUAUUCUGGUUAUGAUAGCAGUGAUUAUGGGGAGUUGAGUUUUGACUAUAGACAAAAUGACCAAUAUCAAGAUGUUUUCACAAAUAAAAAUUCAAUGAAGUUUGAUCGAACAGACAAUGUAAUUGCCCCUGCAUUAACUAAGGAAUCUGCAAAGGAAAAUGUAGAUAGGAAUCAAGAUGAUUUCUUCACUUUCAGUGAGGGUCCUGGGGCUGACAGCCAAUCGGCACCAAUUUUUGCUGAUAAGAAGUUUGAUCCAUCUGAUAAGAUGAAAGAAACCCAACCUCUAUCAACAAGAAAGUUUCACAGUUAUGUUCUACCCACACCUUGCGAAGCUAAGAACUCAGACUCCAUGGGGCCUGGGAAUAAAUUUUCUGCAGAUCAGCCAGAAAGCAAGGGUGGCUGGCCCGCACAGUUGUGGCAUUCAUCUCCAUUGGUGGCGAAUAAGCUUGUGAAAGAUCCCAGAGAUAAUGAGUUAUCAAGUCCCACCAGGGUACUUAAAGCACAGUCGGAACUUAAAGAGAGCAACAUUAAUAGUAGUCCUAUCCUUAUGCCUUCUCCCAUGGCAGAGGGGCUUUCAGGACUGCAAUUUAAUCCACACACUGCUUCUGAUACUAAAAAAAUCAAAAGACAGGCUUUCUCUGGUCCACUGACAGGUAAAGCUUGGUCAAGCAAGCCGAUGAAUUCUGCAACCGAUCACAGAUCCUCUACGGAUUAUUCUCCUGUAUUUUCUGCAAAGACAGCAUGCUCCCCAAAACAGCCAAUGGUGUCCUCAAAAGUGUCUCCUGGCACCUCACCUCCUACUAGGUCAUCACCAAAAAUCAGUGAACUUCAUGAGCUUCCUAGACCUCCCACCAGUUUAACAAAUCCCGCAAGACCUUCCAGUCUGAUUGGUCAUUCAGCUCCUUUAGUUUCUAGGAGCCAAAUGCUUCCAGCAACAAGCAGAACAUCAUCAGCUGCAUCACCUACAGCAUCACCACUACCAGCACCACCUGGUCCAAUAGCUCGCAGUUUUUCUAUACCUUCUAGUGGUCUAAGAAAGCCAGUUUUUCCAGUUGCUAAGUUGCUAGAAGUGCGUCAUAGUCGAGAGGUGACUGGAGAGGUUGCUUCACCUCCUCUGACACCUAUAUCCUUAACAAAUAUUCAUCCAGCAUCGACAACUUCAGAAUCAGGUGCUUGAACUUGGAAAACAUAAGGAUUCUUGUGAGUAAAUCCACCUUGGUUUUGCUGUCCAAAGCUGGUCAACUUCGUCACCUGUCAUCAUGUGGUAUGAUAGCAUGUACAUUCCUGGUUUCUGCCAUGAGUCUCAUUUUUUGUUACCCGUCAUAUUGAUGGAAGAAAAUUAUGAGUGCCAAAUAAUGAAUCGUUGUGUACCAUGAUUCAUUCCUGGAAGAACUGAAUUUUGUUAAAGAAGCAUCAAAGCUUUUCGUUCUUCUUUCUUCCCCCAAGUUUUUUGUUCUUUAUCGAGUCCCGUGAGGUUUGUGGAAAUUCCGACGAAUGAGAUUAUCUUGGAUUUGUGCUAUUGUGCUCUGAGGUUCGAGUUAACAAUCUUAGAUCUAAUAAUCAAGUAUGAAGAGGGCUACUAAAAUUUAUGAAUUU